AUGUCUGACUCCAAGCUGGUGAUUCCACUCGAGUCUAAUCCACAGAUCUUUUCUGAUCUCGCACACAAGUUGGGACUCUCGCCACUCUUGCAGUUCCAUGAUGUCUACUCGUUAACGGACCCUGAUCUUAUUGCAUUUUUACCACAACCAAUAUCUGGGAUUAUUUUGUUAUUUCCUUUAACUCCAGGGUACGAGUCAUAUAGGAAGGAAACUGAUCAACAAAAAAGAGUUUACGACAAUAGCAACCCCAACAUCAACUGGUUAAAGCAAACCAUUGGCAAUGGAUGUGGCUUAUAUGCGCUUUUGCAUAUUCUCACGAACCUCCCAUCUGACUUGAACAUUUCCAAUCUGAUAAUAAGCGACAUUACUGCAAAUUUGGGUCCAAAUAAAUCCGUUCAAGAGACCAGUCUUUUGAUUGAAGAUUUGGAACGCAGAAUUCAAUUGGAUGAGAAUUACGGAUCACAGGGACAAACCGAGGCACCCGAGGCGGGAGCAAAUGUUGAAUUCCAUUUCAUUUCAUUCAUAAAGGGCAAAGACAAUCACUUGUAUGAACUAGAUGGAAGGCGAAACGGUCCUAUAGAUCUCGGAACUGCAAGUGAUGUGACGAAUGAAAACUUGAUUCAAGAGCAAAAAAUUGUAGAUAAGAUUCAAUUUUACAUUGACAAUACAGACGAGGCUAAUAAAAACAAUUUUGCAAUCAUGGCCAUUGGACCAGCCUUGGAUUAG